AUGGACUACAAUUCCAUUGUUUUUCGCGAGUUUACACCCGAAUCACUACAUCGUAUUGAACGUUAUCGACAAGAGGAAGCCGAACGUCUUGCUUCCGAUCGAUUGCAACGCCAAACAAUACAUGAAGACGACACUGAACAAUAUAAAUCAAUGAAAAGGUUAUCAAAAAAUGAACAGUCGAGUUUCAAAGAUAAACCUAAUAAAGAAUUAGCUGUUGGACAAACUUUGCCAAGAUCCUUACAAACCAAAUUUCCUGCAGAAUUAAUCGGAAAACCUAUUGAAGAGAUUGAUUGGUAUUACCGAACCGAAUAUGUAUGUAUACGAACAAAUUCCUCCUCAUCAUUUGACUGCUUUGACCAUUCGAAGGUAUUCGUGGUGGUUAAUCGAAAUAAAACAAUCUUUCGAUUCAGUUCAUCAUCAGCUUGUUUCCUUUUUUCUCCAUACAACUGUUUGCGUCAAGUAGCAAUUCGCAUAUUAACACAUUCAUUAUUUAGUACAUUCGUUAUGCUUACAAUCUUAACCAAUUGCAUAUUUAUGACUUUAAAAAAUGUACCUGAGACAUAUAUAUUUACAUUCAUAUAUACGUUGGAAGCGUUAACUAAAUGUAUAGCGCGCGGCUUUAUCCUUGAAAAAUUUACUUUUCUACGAGAUCCUUGGAAUUGGUUGGAUUUUAUUGUAAUUACUUUAGCUUAUAUCACAGUGAUCUUUCCUUUGGGAAAUGUAUCUGUACUUCGAACGUUUCGAGUGCUACGAGCCUUGAAAACAGUGGCUGUUGUUCCAGGUUUAAAACCGAUUGUCGAUGCGUUAAUUCAAUCUCUGAUUUGUCUACGUGAUGUGAUUGUCUUAUCAAGUUUUAUUCUAUCCAUCUUUGCCCUGGUUGGCUUGCAAUUAUAUAUGGGUGUUCUGCGACAGAAAUGUGUACCUACUUAUGAAUCAUUCUUGAAUAAUUCUAAUUUUACGACCGUUGAUUCGAAUAUGACAUUUGGUGGCUAUUUACUUGAAAUGCAAAAUGGAACGUAUUGGUAUCAUGAAGAUGAGGUACCUGUAGUUUGCGGAAAUGCUACUGGCAGUCGACGAUGUCCGCCGGGUUACGUUUGUAUAAAAGAUUUAGGGAAAAAUCCGGAUCAUGGUUAUACUAGUUUUGAUAGUUAUGGUUGGGCAAUGCUUUCUUGUUUUCGAUUGAUGACGCAGGAUUAUUGGGAAAGUCUUUAUCAAUUGGUGCUGUCAGCAGCUGGUCGUUAUCAUUUUUUCUAUUUCGUUGCCGUCAUCUUUUUCGGUUCAUUCUAUUUGGUCAACUUAAUCUUGGCGAUCGUCUCGAUGUCGUAUCAAGAACAACAAAAGAAAGUCAAUGCUGAAAAACUUGAGCGUGAACGAAGAAAGGUUGAGGACGAACUUGAACAGCAGAAUGACGAUACAGAAAAAAUCUCCGAUUACGAUCAAUUGUUAGACGAUAAACAUCUCUUCGAAAAUACAUUAGUAUUUGAAAACUCCAAUCGACAACCAUCUUUGUCAAGUCUUUCGAUUGAAUACGAUCAAAAUCAUUUAAAAUAUGAACUACGACAAAAGCAAUCAAUUCAAACAUCAUCACUCCUGUUCGAAAAUGGUAGCUGUACGAUGUCAAAACCAAUAACAACAUUCGAAGAGUAUCAUAGUUUCGAUACGACAAUACCGUUUCUUGAUGAAACACAGCGAAGUUCGAUUAAUACGAAGAAUUACGAAACCUUGUCCAGACAACGAACAAGAAAUUGGUCGUACACCUCCGACCAAGACAAUCCGGAUGGUCAAUCAACUAUAACACUCUGUCAACCAAGACCGUACAUCAAGUACGCACCUAUCGAUCAUACACUGGGCAAUGCCGAAAGUGAUACAACAAGUAUUCACUCGAAAAAAAAACACACUGUGCUGCUCAAGGUCAAUCAUCAUACCGAUGACCAAGACAGUCCGCGUGUUCAGUGUCGUCUACUUUUAACUGCAAAUGAGCAUGCACGGCAGUUGCAACGUCAUCCUAAGAAACGUGUGAACGUCGUCAUUUCAGAUAUGGACACAAGUAAUGCAUGCGAUCGACCAAUGAUGAAGUUUCUUUGGAAUACCUGUUUCGAAUGGAAUUUCGCUUCACCUGCAUUUCGAAAAUUUCAAGCUUUGGUAGCAUUUUUUAUCCUGGAUGCAUUCGUUGAUUUAUUUAUUACGAUCUGUAUUAUAUUAAACACAUUCUUCAUGGCACUUGAUCAGCCCGGUCAAAGUGAAAAGAUGGCAUCGCUAUUAGCAACGGGAAACUACAUUUUCACAGGAAUAUUUACCGGUGAAGCAAUCUUAAAAAUCAUUGCUAAAUCGCCAGCAAACUAUUUGAAGGAUGGAUGGAAUGUUUUCGAUUUGUUUAUCGUCACAUUGAGUCUUGUUGAAUUAGGUUUGGCAAAUAUCAAGGGACUUAGCGUUUUACGAUCAUUUCGUUUAUUACGAGUAUUUAAAUUGGCCAAAUCAUGGCCAACAUUGAAUCGACUUAUGUCAAUUAUUGGCAAAACGAUAGGAGCUUUAGGAAAUUUAACGUUAGUUGUUGUGAUUAUCAUUUUUAUCUUUGCUGUUAUGGGCAUGCAGCUAUUCGGUCCCAAUUAUGCAAAAGAGUUUGCAAAAGAUAUGCCACGCUGGAAUUUUGUUGACUUCUUUCAUGCAUUUAUGAUCGUAUUUCGUGUCCUAUGUGGAGAAUGGAUUGAAUCAAUGUGGACAUGUUUAUCGUGUGCUGGAUGGCCUUGCAUACCAUUUUUUCUUUUCACAUUCGUCAUUGGAAAUCUUGUGGUGUUGAAUCUGUUUUUGGCUCUUUUGCUGGCAUCGUUUAGUUCAAGUGUUCUUGCCGAACGAGAAAAAGACGAUGAUGACAAUAAGGUUGGCGAAGCGAUCGAUCGCAUUCAACGAUGUUUUCGUUUUUUGUUACACCUAAUUGUACAAUUGUUUUGUGGACAAAAACAGGACAGUUCGAAGAUUAGCGAAAGUAACACUACUGAAACAAUCUAUUUCAAUCAAUCUCUGGCUGGCACAGAUCAUCUAAUGAACAGUCUUUCUUUCCCCACAUCGUCUGAUAUCGAAAAUGCUAAAGAUAAUCCCAAUGGUUUAUCUAAUCCCCCCUACGGUAUAGCCCGACCAUCAGAAGAUAUCGAAAUGAAAUCUUUGAAGAAUUCAACUACGAACGACAAUCUGACUGCACUUACGCCAUUGACUUAUCAAUACCUUCAUAUGCCACCGGAUUGUUGUCCAAGGCUCAUUUCUAAACAUUUUGAAUUUUGUAAAGAUUUCAUUCCUGAAACUGUUCAGCGACAUUGGACUUUCCUUCGCAGCCGAGCUCACCGCUUAGUAGAGCAUCGUUUCUUUGAAUGGCUGAUCAUCGCUAGUAUUCUAGCAAGUAGCACUACACUAGCAUUAGAAGAUAUCAAUACACGACAACAACCGAAAUUGUUUGCAGUAUUGCACUUUUUUGAUAAAGUCUUCACGAUUAUAUUUACCGCUGAACUAGUUUUGAAAUGGUUUGCGUAUGGAAUUAAGAAUUAUUUUACCAACGGUUGGAAUUGGCUUGAUUUUCUCAUUGUUGUUGUUAGUGUUCUUGGAACCUUGCUUGAUGCAUUGGGCGUGGCCGAUAUUCCCGCAUUUAAAUCAAUGAGAACAUUAAGAGCGCUGAGACCCUUAAAAGCACUUUCACGGUUUGAAGGAAUUCGAGUGGUUGUUAAUGCAUUAAUUGGUGCGAUACCGUCCAUUUUUAAUGUUUUACUCGUAUGUCUUGUCUUUUGGUUGAUCUUUUCUAUCAUGGGCGUACAAUUAUUUGGUGGAAAAUUCUAUAAAUGUGUCUACGUCGAUACGCAUGAUCGAGUGGAUAUCUCGGAAAAUGUGACCAAUAAAGCAGACUGUUUACAAAAGAAUUUUACAUGGGAGAAUUCUCGUGUUAAUUUCGAUAAUGUUAUCAAUGGUUAUCUAGCCUUGUUUCAAGUGGCAACAUUCAAAGGAUGGAUUGAAAUCAUGGCUGAUGCAGCCGACGCAAAAGAGCCUGAUGUUCAACCUGAGCAUGAAGCAAAUGUUUAUAUACUUGUUUACUUCGUGCUAUUCAUCAUCUUUGGCUCGUUUUUUACACUGAAUCUUUUUAUCGGUGUUGUCAUUGAUAAUUUUAAUCAACAAAAACGAAAAUUAGGUGACGGCGGUUCGAUCGAAAUGUUUAUGACUGACGAUCAAAAGAAAUACUAUAAUGCUAUGAAAAAAAUUGGAAAUAAAAAGCCCACCAAAGCAUUACCUAGACCUCGAUUUCCCAUUGCGAGAUUCUUCUUCGAUCUGACAACAAACCAAAAGUUCGAUAUCUUCAUAAUGAUGUGUAUAUUUCUCAACAUGAUUUGUAUGUGUUUGGAAUACGACGGACAGAGUGAUGCUUAUGGUCGAGUAUUGGGUUAUAUCAACAAUUUUUUCGUUGCUAUAUUUACGAUUGAAUGUGGUAUGAAAUUAUUCGCAUUGCAUUACAAAUAUUUUACAAUUCCAUGGAAUGUCUUUGAUUUUAUUAUUGUCAUCGCAUCUAUUCUGGGUCAAGCAUUGGGUAAAUUAAUGGAAAAUUUCUUAGUUCAACCAACUGUAUUACGUAUUGUGCGUGUCGCACGUGUUGGUCGAGUUUUACGUUUAGUUAAAGGAGCAAAAGGAAUCCGAACAUUACUUUUUGCCUUGGCAGUAUCAAUGCCGGCUUUAUUCAAUAUUGGUCUUCUUCUUUUCCUUAUUAUGUUUAUUUAUUCAAUAUUUGGUAUGUCAUUUUUUUCUUACGUUAGAAAAUCUGCAGGUGUUACAGAAAUAUUCAAUUUUGAAACGUUUCCUAAUUCAUUGAUUAUUCUCUUUCAAAUGUGUACGACCGCUGGAUGGUCGGGUGUUCUGCAAGCAUUAACAAAUGAUAAACCACCUGAUUGUGAUCCUUCACUCAAAUCACCAUCACACCGAGGUGAUUGCGGCAGUACUGCUAUAGCCGUUCCGUUUUUAGUCACGUAUUUAAUUAUCAGUUCUCUCGUCGUGGUUAAUAUGUAUAUCGCCGUUAUACUUGAAAACUUCUCUCAAGCUCAAGAAGAUGUACAACAGGGGUUGACUGAUGAUGAUUAUGAUAUGUAUUACGAAAAAUGGCAAUAUUUGGAUCCAUCAGGUUCACAAUUUAUUCGUUACGAUCAGUUGUCUGAUUUUGUCGACGGAUUAGAACCACCACUGCGUAUCCCAAAACCAAAUCAAUUAUUACUUGUCGCGAUGGAUUUACCCAUAUGUGGAGACGAUCGGAUGCAUUGCGUUGAUAUACUUGAUGGCCUAACGAAAUACUUUCUCGGAACAUUGAACGUAUCAGAGAUUGGUGCAGGUGCCAAUGCUCCCAUUGAUAUAAAAAAAGAUCGUCCAAAAGAUUACCGACCUAUUACAACGACUUUACAACGUCGACGAGAAAUUUAUUUAAGUCGCAUUGGUGUUCGAGGAUUUCGAAAUAAUGUUGAACGAUGUCGUGUACAACGACAGAGUCGUGAACCAAUUCUCGAACGAGUUACGAUCGAUGAAUUGUUCGAAUUAGAUGACUUAGGAACGCCGGUAUCAACUGUAUCGCGUCGAAGUAAGGCUCAACCAGGAGAUUCAACACCGAAUAUUGUUAUCAAACAAGAACAUGAAAGAACUCUUUCUGAUACAUCAUCGAUCUGCUCACUCGGUAGAAAAUCAUUUUGUUAA